CGUUGCCAAAGAACACCAAAUGUGAGCAAGGCCCGCCUGAGCGCUUGGGGCACUAAGUGGGCUGAGAAGAAGUCCGAGACUGUGAUGCCCAGCGCUAAUAGGUGUGAGUCUGAAUGUCCGACGCGUCAACGCGGGCGCUUAUCUCACUCCCGUGUUACAUAAGCACCUUCCUAAACAUCCAGGUUCCACACUAAAGGCAUCCCUUCGAGAGGGCGCGCAGAAGCAUGGCUCGCAGGAAGAGAUUCGUUGAAGACGACGGAGAUUCGGACUCCGACGUCGAAAACUUGGAUGCCGAAAACACUGAUUUCGGUUUCGAUGAAGACCCAGAGGCGCGUGAAGAGCGAGCUCUCUUCGAAGACCCUUAUAAGCGGAAACGUAGACGCAAGAACGGUAAAGAAGAUGCCCUUUAUGGCGUAUUUGCCGAAAGUGAUGAAGAAGAAAGCGGUCGUGGUGGGAGAAAAGGCAAAAGAUCCAAGAGAAGUGACUGGACAAAGGCACCCGCGUUUGUCACUGGCCAAAAGUCGCAGGAGAGUGAAAAGGCCGACGCAAUGGAUGUGGACGGUGAAGGGAAUGGAGAUCAGGAUCGUGGUGACUCUGAUGAGGAGGGCGCCCAUCUCCUCGAAUACGAGAGGAUGAGGAAGACGAGGACGAUUCAAUGUCCACAACUCGGCUUGGCGGUAUUGGUACGCGGUCUAGGGGUGGAAUAGGGUCUGGCGUAGGCACAGGGAGCUCGGCAGGCGGGACCUCAACGCCCUCUUUUGCAAAAGGCGGUAUCGGUGCAUCCCGUUUGGCUUCGACUAUCGGUGAAACACCUGAAGCGACAAGCAUUUCAUCCUCACGAUCUCUUCCAUCCUCGAGUCGAAGUGGAAUUAGUUCGUCAUUCAGAGUUUCUGAAUCCGAUGAUAUGCCCACAUCCUUUGCUGGCAGUCGUUCAACAUCAUUUAUUCGAGGUGCAAAGUCAUCUCGACCAGUCACUCCUCUCAGUCACUCGGAUCAGAUGCAGUUUGCUAAAGUUUCAGGCAGUUUCGGUGCUCGUAUGCUCGAGAAGAUGGGUUGGAAGUCCGGCACUGGCCUUGGUGUUUCGGGAGAGGGAAUAGUGACACCUGUGGAGAGCAAGUUGCGACCUGAGCGUGCUGGUAUCGCCUUCCGUGGAUUCAAGGAAAGGACCAACCAGUCGAAAAUGGAAGCACGGAGGCGUGGUGAAGUGGUAAGCGACGACGACGACGACCCCAUGGUUCGGAAGGCAAAGAAGAAGCAAAAAGAGGCGAAGGAGAAGAGGUCGGAUAUUUGGAAGAAACCCAAGAAAGUCAAGACCAAGAUUGAGCACAAAACGUACGAGCAAAUUAUUGCUGAAGCUGGCGUUGAGCCUCCGUCCACGGGCAUUGGGCAAAUUAUUGAUGCAACAGGGGCAGUACCCAAAGAAGUCAGUUCAUUGGCGGAAGUAUCUCUCAACACCUGGACACCUUCUAUCGACCCUACCCGAAUACCCGAAGUGAGGCAUAAUAUUCGACUGAUUUCAGAGACGUGUAAGAGUGAUCUAGAUGGACUUGCUCGUGAAGCGAAGUCAUUGGAGGAACGCAAACGAGUCGUAACUCAAGAGGAUGUUCGCCUCCGGAAAAAAGUUGACGACGAAGCCGAGUUGAUUGCCAGAUUACAACAGGUACAGCUUGUUGCAACGCAAAUAGACUCCAAAGCGAAGGAACUGGCAUCGGCUUACGAAGUGUCUUUGGAUCAGUUCUCGCCACUAUUCUACAAGCUUACAUCGGAGUAUGAGCACGAGUUCGUAAAGUAUCAACUAGACGAAUUGAUUGUCGCCGCCAUCGCGCCACUGGUACGGCGUAUGGUGGCACAAUGGAAUCCCCUUGAGGAUCCAACGGCCUUCAUGGAUACGUUCCGGAACUGGAGGCGAGGCCUGCGUGUGAGUCAGGAGAAGCCACCAGAAAUGCAGAUAGAUCGUUAUGGCAGUACAACCUUGUCCGCAAAUCCCAGUGAAAUCGAGAAAUCGAUGACCCCCUUUGAAAGUCUCUUGUGGAACGUAUGGCUACCGAGAGUGCGUGCGGCUAUCAACAAUGAAUGGUCCCCAGAGACACCUCAGCCUGUGGUCAAGUUAUAUGAAGCGUGGUCAACGUAUCUUCCCGACUUCGUUCGGGAUAAUAUACUCGACCAACUCAUUUUACCGAAAGUCCGGAAAGCGGUCGCUGACUGGAAUCCAAAGCUGGAUGAAGUGUCCUUACAUGCGAUUGUCUUUCCGUGGUUGCCACAUGUUGGUCUCAGGAUAGAAGAAUUCUUAGGAGAAGCUCGAAGGAAAGUGAAGGCAUUGUUAAGGAAGUGGGCCGUUGGCGAUGAGGUUCCACAGGAUCUGAAAGCUUGGAAAGAAGUGUUUGAUGCCGUCGAGUGGGAUAAUAUCUUGCUCAAGUACAUCGUCCCUAAGCUUGGCGCUACUUUGCGGAAUGACUUCCAAGUCAAUCCUCGCGAUCAGAACAUGGAACCUCUCCAACGAGUUCUAUUAUGGAGCGGCCUACUUCGUCCUUCAAUUCUCAUUCAAAUCCUGGAGACCGAGUUCUUCCCCAAAUGGCUCGACGUUCUUCAUAUCUGGCUCAUUCAACCCAAAGUCAGUUUGGGUGAAGUAGCGCAGUGGUAUGAUAUCUGGAAAGAGAGCUUCCCCGAAUCAAUGAGGAAUCUACCAGGGUUUACUCGUGGCCUACAGCUCAUGCACCAGGCAAUGGAAUUGGGUCCGGAUGCUCCGUCUCGUUUACUCAAACCCGAUUACCGAGCCGAAAAGCAAGCCGUUACUUCUUCCUCUACGACAUCCUCCUCUCAACACAAGCACAAGCCGUCCUCACUUGCACAUGAAGUUACGUUCCGAUCUAUUGUUGAGGAGUUCGCUGCCUCACAUAAUCUGAUGUUCAUGCCUACCGGCAAAGCACAUGAGAAGUCGAGGCUGCCUUUGUUCAGAGUUAGUCUUUCAGCGGGUGGAAAGGGUGGUUUGUUGGUCUUCAUCCUGGACGAUGCUGUGUGGGCUUCUGAAGAAGGGAUCGGUGGCCCGACGGAGGACUAUAGGCCAAUAUCGUUGGAGGACAUGACAUUGAGAGCCACCGGGAAGGGUUAAGAUGUUCUUUCUCAUUCAGUGAUUGUAGCAGUAUUUUUGCUUAGUUUUAUUUUUACACUGCAACGCGUGAGUCAUGUGACCA